AGCUGUAUGAACUCAUUCCUUCGCCAGAUAAGUGUCGGUCUUGUUGAGUACAAGCACACGCUGUGUUUAGGACUAAUCUCAAAAGUUGGUUUCGAUAUAGUGCAAUGCAUGUCUAGUCAUCGACGAAAUGAAACGUGUUUGCUUGAUACUGUUCCUUUGUUUAGGACAAACUAUUUCUGAAUUGUUCCAAAAUGGCGAUUUUGAGAGUCAUCAGUUUCAUGGAAACUGGCAGUGUAACUCGUGCCAGCUGUCCCUAACGACUGACCACGUGGUUGGACACCACAGUGGAAUGGUAACACAUCGUCAACAUACCUGGGCAGGACUUUACUAUGACGUCAGCGUGUCAACGGGCAAAACAUACGUGAUCAAAGGCUUCAUAAAGCUGCAGAAUAAAGUCGCAGGAUCUAUGUAUCAAACAGUUCACGUGAUGAUAAAGGGCACCGACUUACAUGGUAAUACCCAUUACCAAACGGUCAGUGAGGACAGGCACGUUCAGCAGGAGUUCGAAUGGACGGAGAUCGGAGGGGAUUUUAUCAUUACGAAUCAAGGAAUGACCAACAUAAGAAUAUAUCUUCAAGUAGAAAACAAAGAUACUAACUACCUUGUGGAUGGUAUGAGCCUUACGGAGCUUCCUGUCGACUCGCAGUGGAAAUCUAAAGCUAAUGCCAGGAUAGAAGCAAACAGAAAAUCCAAUAUGGACAUAAGAAUUAUCAAUGGACAUGGAGCGGACACAUCACAUCUACAAAUAGAGUUGAACCAAACAAAGAGUGCGUUUGCAUUCGGUACCGCUAUCAACGCCGAUGCUAUUCAUGACCCAGCGCAAAAAGGUUAUCAGGAUUUCUUCUAUAACAACUUUGAAUGGGCCGUUUUGGAAAAUGCACUCAAAUGGAGAUUGAUGGAAUGGACGCAAGGACAUGCUAACUUUGAUAGACCCAUGGCAGCCAUCAAUGCAAUGAUUUCUAAAGGCAUUAAGGUCAGAGGUCACAACAUGUACUGGUCUGUGGACAAAAGUGUUCCGAAGUGGCUAUCGACCAUGAAUUCACAACAACUUCUGCAGGCGAUGCACACACAUCUUAACGAUAUGAUAUCACACACUAGAGGGAAGUUGGAACACUGGGACGUAAACAAUGAGGAUAUACAUGGUAACUACUUUGCACGACAUCUUACGAACCCAAACAUUACACAGGAUAUGUUUAACUGGUUGCACCAGGCGGAACCUGGUGUGAAAUUAUUUCUCAACGAAUUUAAUGUCGUGAGUUCCAGAUACUCAACAACGGCAUAUAAAGAACAUGCUAGGCGAUUUAACGAAGCAAGCGUGCCGAUAUAUGGUGCAGGGAUCCAAAGUCACUUUGACAAUUCCCACCAAGACAUGACGACGGUUCAGUAUCGUUUAAAUAAGGUAGCGGAAACUGGAUUACCACUUUGGAUUACAGAGCUGACUGUCGAAGAUCACAACGAAACACAGAAAGCAGACAAACUAGAAGAUCUUCUUACUCUGUACUUAAGUCACCCACUGGUAGAGGGCGUGCUACUCUGGGGGUAUUCUGAUAUGCACGUUUACUCUCAGGGGAUCGCGUUAACGCACGGUCCCAGUUGCACGCCAAAUGCAGCAGGGUUGAGGUACCAGCAGCUGUACCGGAAAUGGCGAACACACAAGACAACCAAUCUCCACAACCAGACGAUUCGAGGAUUUAAAGGUGACUAUACCCUCAAGGUCAAGUCACAUGGACAGACAAUUGAAACGCAUACCUUCACACUCACCGACUCAACGAAGACGUUAUCUGUCCAUCUGUCCGGAAAUGGGGCCAAUGCUCACUCCAACACUAUUAUAACAUAGACAACAGUAAAAUAAAAUGUCUGGUGGAGAGACUCGUUCAUUUCAGUAACGGUACUCACGUUAAUUUUUGUUGAAAUGGAAUAAAUUUUGCAUCAAAAAUA